CUGUAUUCUAGUGCUUUAGCAAUAUCUUAUACACAUGCAUUUAACAUAGGUCUUGGUCUGUUAAUACCCCAUCUGCUGACAUUGUCCAGUUCAUUCCUGGAAGGCGCAAAACUACGUGUUUUCACCGUUGCCGCUAGUCACAGCCAGCUUCAGAAGGAACAACGAAGCAUGGCGGCAUUGUUGAGUCGUUUUCGCAUUGACUAUUCAAACGUGUAUGUCAUCCCAGAUUUGGCGAAGCGGCCUAACAAGACAACGGUCGACGCGUUCAAGGAGUUCAUCGUGCCGUUCCUAAAAGACAUAGACGAAAAGGAGGAAAUUUUGGACGAAAUUUACGCGUCUCAUUUGUACAUUUCUGACGCCGAGUUCAUCGCAAUGAAGGGCAAGACGUAUCGCGAACUGCGGAUUCGGGAGCUGCUACAUCAGCAUUCGCAAGACGCCACGUUGAUAGUAUUGACGCUGCCCAUUCCUCGUAAAGGUGUGCUUUCCGCAGGACUUUAUCUUGGAUGGUUGGACUUUGUCACCAAAGACAUGAAUUGUCCCGUGCUCUACCUGCGUGGCAACCAGCAGUCUGUGUUGACGUUUUACAGUUGA